AUGGCCGACGAAGGAGUCGCCAACCACUACCAAGUGCUGGAAGAACUUGGCCGAGGCAGUUUUGGCGUCGUUUACAAGGGAAUUGACAAGACCACGGGCGAAACAGUGGCCAUCAAGCAUAUUGACCUCGAAUCCAGCGAGGAUGAUAUCCAGGAAAUUCAACAAGAGAUCUCGGUGCUCAGCACAUGCGCCAGCUCUUACGUCACCCAAUACAAGGCGAGCUUCUUGCGCGGCCACAAGCUAUGGAUCGUGAUGGAAUUUCUCGGGGGAGGUUCCUGUUUGGACCUCCUCAAACCGGGAAACUUUGGCGAAGUACACAUCGCCAUCGUCUGCCGCGAACUCCUCCUCGGCCUCGAUUACCUACACUCCGAAGGAAAGAUCCAUCGCGACAUCAAAGCCGCCAAUGUCCUGCUCUCGGAAGCCGGAAAGGUCAAGCUCGCUGAUUUUGGCGUUGCAGCGCAGUUGACACAUAUGAAGUCUCAACGCAAUACCUUUGUCGGCACCCCGUUCUGGAUGGCCCCCGAGGUCAUCCAGCAGGCUGGCUACGACUUCAAGGCCGACAUCUGGUCGCUCGGUAUCACUGCCAUCGAACUGGCUGUCGGCGAGCCUCCAUAUGCGAAUAUCCACCCGAUGAAGGUCCUUUUUCAGAUUCCCAAAAACCCACCACCACGACUGGAGGGCAAGUUCAGCAGAGAGUUCAAGGACUUUGUCGCUCAUUGUCUGAUCAAAGACCCUGCCCAGCGCCCGACAGCUAGAGACCUGCUCAGGCAUCGAUUUAUCCGCACAGCUGGAAGGGUCGAGGCGCUGCAGGAACUGAUCGAGCGCAAGCAGAUGUGGGACGCCAAGCAGGACCGCGUCAAGCUUCCCGUCUUUUACCAGGAAACCCUUCACACCAUGAGCCCCAAGGACGAUGAUGACGAGUGGGUGUUUGAUACGAUCAAGUCGGUUGCGCUACCCAAGAACCUUUUGAACGUCAGCACUACUCCCACAAAAUCCAGGGAUCCAUCAAGGGUCCGGGAGACUGAAGAAGGCAUGCGAAGAAUGGAAGUCAGAGAUGGUCCCCUGCAGCCCUCUACCCCUCAGACGGUAAGGAAAGCAACAGUACGGCGACAGCCAUCGGCCGCGGCCGCUCAUCAGCAACGGCGACUUUCCACCUCGACUGGCUCACCACGCCCACCUGUCGCAGCAGCAAAGAGGCCCCUUCAGACGGAUAUGUCCUUCGGCAACUCGGGUUCGACUAUGCGACUCUUUCGUCGUGUACCUUCCGAGCACGAGGGUCCGAAAAUUCACCAGGAACAGCCCCAAGAGGUGGUCAAUGACGAGAACCGACCUCCCUCCGCGAUGCAGGCGCCUAUCGAGCCCACUAGCAAGGAAGCGCUCCUCGGUCGUCGUCUUUAUCACAAGGCCAUUGAGCCUGCCCUCGACGAGCUUCAUGCGCAAACCGGUCCCUCAACCAAGCGUGAGGCCCUGGCUAAUCUGUCCGAUGCCUUUGCCCACCUCGACUCGGUGGACCCUGAAGGAGCCUAUCACCUUCUCAGACACCUCCUUUGCUCAAUAUCACAGGAUAACAGGCUCAGUGCAGCACUACUGAACGCCAGCAAGAUCUCGCCCGGUCAGCACCUUCACAGAAAAUCUGUAGAUGGCACACCGCAGAGCAAGAAUCGCGACCUCAACCAACGGCCAUCGACAUCAGCCGGUGUCACUCAAAACCACAACAUCCCACAGACUCCAUCGCGCUCCCCACAGAAGCCGAUGCUUUCUGCUAGUCCGACAAAACUGAUGACCAGCCAGCUGAACACACCCUUGGCUAGCCCUAGACCAAGGCGGGAGAGUGUCGUAGCAGCGCCCAUGUCCACACCGAAGCCCACCGCAGAAAGGACGAGUAGUAGUAGCAGCAGCAGCAGCAGCAGCAGCAGCAGGCCGUCUUCCGUAAUGGCAGCAGCCCAAGGAACCCCUAUUCAGCAAAUACAGCAGCCUCAACUAAUACAAUCAACCCCCUCACCUCAAAAGAAGGAGCCCCAGCUCUUGCAGCAACAUUCCGCCCCGUUACUUCAAAAAAAGGAAAACCCGCCGUCCCUUCAACAACAACUCUCGCACCCGGUCCUCCAGCAAGAAAAGCAGCGAAGAGAGGCCAGCUCGCAACAGCUUGCCCAGCAGCUACAACAGCAACAGCAGGCCCAGUUACAGCAAGCCGCCCACAGACGAAAGGAGUCUUCCAACUCGUCCUCUCAUCAACUUCCACCACCCCAGCACCAUCAACGAAGAGAGUCGUCGCAGUCGUCCCAUGCCAGCAGCCGAUCCCCCGAGAAGCAGGAGCGCGUAAGGGAGAGCAGCAGCAGAGAGCUGCGCGAGCGGGCGGCGCUCGAGGCAAAGUACCCGGGCCAGCCGGCGGUAGCGGGCAUGGAGCACUGCAAGGCACUGUCGGAUUUGCUGUAUGCGAGGUGGACGGAUGGAUUGCAGCAUCGGUGGGGACCUGUUGCGGGAUCUUAGUGAGGCGAUGAAGAGGCCUGGGUCGGGAAGUGAAGAGAAGGUGAAGAGGAGGUACAGAGGCAACCAAACUACCAUUAAGAGUGCGAAAAGCCAAACACAUGGCUUAAGAUGAGGGGAAGAGCAGAGGAAAGAGGGAGAAGAGAUGCCAUUAUUUUCUUGUUCGUGUCUUAUUAUUAUUGUCUGAACUCUGUUUUUUUCCCUCGGUUGUGGUGGACGGAUGGAUUGCGAGCGUCAUUCAGCAUUUUAUCAUACAUGUUUUUUUUUGCACCG